CCCCGCCCGCGCUCCUUUUCUUCUUCUUCUUCUGCUUCUUCUUCCCAAAGCCCGGCCCGCCCCCUUCGGCCCCCUUCUUUCCCCGCCUCUGCGGCGGGACUGAGCCGGCUCUGCCUCUUCUUUCCCUUUCGGCACCCUUCAGGAGGCAUCGGAGAGGGUGAACAAUGGAAUCCUUGGAUAACACAAUCAAUAGGUAUCUGGAUGUUUGGUUUGGUCCAAGAGAUCCCAGAGUAAAAGGAUGGCUUCUCCUGACCAACUACACGCCGACUUUCAUUUUCUCUGUCUUAUACUUAUUAAUCGUAUGGUUAGGACCAAAGUAUAUGCAGAAGAGACCGCCAUUUUCCUGCAGAGGCAUUCUAGUCAUCUAUAAUAUUGGACUUACACUGCUGUCCUUGUAUAUGUUCUAUGAGUUGGUGACAGGAGUGUGGGAAGGAGGAUACAAUUUCUUCUGUCAGGAUACGCACAGUGGAGGUGAUGCUGAUAUGAAGAUCAUACGUGUCCUCUGGUGGUACUACUUCUCAAAGCUCAUUGAAUUCAUGGAUACUAUCUUCUUUAUAUUACGGAAAAAUAACCACCAGAUCACUGUUCUUCAUGUCUACCAUCAUGCAACCAUGUUGAACAUCUGGUGGUUUGUUAUGAACUGGGUGCCUUGUGGCCACUCCUAUUUUGGUGCCACUUUUAACAGCUUUAUUCAUGUCCUCAUGUAUUCCUACUAUGGGUUAUCUGCUAUUCCUUCCAUGCGUCCAUAUCUCUGGUGGAAGAAAUAUAUCACUCAGGGACAACUGACUCAAUUUGUCCUGACAAUCUUCCAGACAAGCUGUGGAGUUAUUUGGCCAUGUCGAUUUCCGAUGGGAUGGUUGUAUUUCCAGAUAGGCUACAUGAUCUCCUUAAUUAUCCUUUUCACAAAUUUCUAUAUUCAGACUUAUAACAAGAAGGCACCCUCCAGAAGGAAAGAGUAUCAGAAUGGGUCUGCGGCUGUGAACGGGUACACAAAUAGCUUUUCUUCCCUCGAGAACAAUGUGAAGCAGAGAAAACAAAGAAAGGAUUGAAGACCAAACUGAGAAACCAUUUUGAUAUUCUGGGCAAAAAACAACAACAAACAACAAAUCAUCUGAUUGUAAGCACAAUAUGUGUUGUGCACUGAUAACUCUUGACAGCUACUGUAACUAUUCCUGCCUAGAAUAGUGUUGAUUUAUGUAGGACUUUAACCAGUGCAAAACAUCCUAGAAACUCUCCAUAGGCUAAAGUUGAUGAUGUUGAUAAUACUGGGAGGUCACAUACCCAGGGAUAAACUGUGGAAGGGAGUAUUACUGUAGUAUAUAUAUAUAUAUAUCAUAUAUACAUAUAUUUAUGUAUGUAUAUGUAUAUAUAGAGACACUGCUGUUGCCUUACUAGUCAAUAAGAUAGGUGCUGAAUUCACUAUUUCAGAACUGUAAUCCAAACUCAUAUUUUUUAACUGUAGAUAAUGCAUGUGAUUGUAAUUUGUACAAUGAAGUUCAGUUUUCUAUUUUUUUUUCCAGUAGUUUGAAACACACAUGCCUUAAAUUAAAAUAAAAGCAGGGCCCAAAACUUAAAAAAAACUGUUUUGCAGGUAUAUGAAAAUGUUUUGCUUCACAUUGGGGAGCAAUUUCUUAUGGAAGACAAGUUAGAAUGUGGUACAGAUCCCCAAAUACCAAGCACACAAAUAUAGCUUUGGUUAUGCAUGGUGCGUAUGUAUGUACAUAUUUGGUUUCCUAUCUUCAAAAUGUUCAUAAGUGGCAAAGAGGAAACCCCCACAGUAGGUAUUUGGAAAAGACAGGACCUUCACUUGCAGAUACUUUGUGUGCACUGUUGAUCAUGGAUGUAGUCUAUUUGUGCUCCGUAUUUGGAGAUUGAAAGCAUGUAAUGGAUGGUUAAGGGGCCACGUCCAUUGUCUAGUUCCUUUAUGAUUCAGUCAGAUGCACUAUGUGCAUUUGAUGUCAUGUUAGGAAGCUACUAUGAAACAUGGAACGGUGGAUACCACAAGGUCUGAUUCUACCACAAGCAACUGGUUUAUGAAAUGUAAUGACCAUUGAAAAAGCAGGAUCUUUUAUUUCUGCUGAGACUUGAAAUGGAAGAACUAUCAAAUCAUGCGUGGUACCUUUUUUUAGUUCUAUUUAUCACAAGUCUGAAGCAGUUCUUUUUUUUAAAAAAAAACACCUUGAUCAGGUUUUAAUUUUCAUUAAAUUGGCACUUAAAAUGUAGAAUCGGGAUGCCAGCUCUCUAAACACUCGAGCAACCAUGCCCAAUUUGGUAGCCUCUGAGUGUAUUUGGACUACAAUCUCCACGAUACCCGAUCAGCACAACAUUGAUAGGAGUCAACACCACUUCUGUUUUUUGUUUUUGUGUCAGGAGCGACUUAAGAAACUGCAAGUCGCUUCUGGUGUGAGAGAAUUGGCCAUCUGCAAGCAUGUUGCCCAGGGGGCGCCCAGAUAUUUUUGAUGUUUACCAUCCUUGUGGGAGGCUUUUCUCAUGUCCCCACAUGGGGAGCUGGAGCUGACAGGGAGCUCAUCCGCACUCUAUCCAGAUUCGAAUUGGGAAGGCUGGAUGAGAGAGAAUGCGGAGGGAAGGAGAAAGUGGCCAUGAACUAUUACUUCCUUUCAAUUGGCAUUCACAACUUGGCACUUGAAAUUUCAGCAUUCCUUUCUAAAAUUGUCAACAUAAUGUGAGAUGAACCAGUUAUGGCCUGUUGUUUUGAGUCACCUACCAUGUAAGAAAGUAGCUGGGUAGAAGACGCAGCUGGUACAACACACACACUGUUUUCAUUGUUAUUUUUAAAAGAGACAUUCCCAGGGUGAAACUUGUCAGACACAAUGCAAAGCCGUAUGAAUGGCCAGUGUUGUGAUCAGCCUGUAUUUUCCAAGCUAACCAAAAUGUUUGACCAAAUCUUAAAAAGUGUUUGCAGGGUAAUUUUUGAUAUUUGGCUUUUUUGUACUUAAGUUGGCAUUUUUGUUGUGGUUUCUAUAGUAAGCAUCGGGUUGGAUCUCAAAAACACAGAGUGCAAUUCCAGUGGCAGAGCCCUCCCUCUGGUGCUCCCUUCAACCUUGAAAGGUUGACCCCGAAAAUCAGAGGACUGACCCUUCACAACACAUGAUGUGAGUCAGGUGGGUAAAGUGGGGCUGAGAAGGGAGAUUUCAGGGACCUGUCCCAAUGCAAACAGAAAUAGCUUUCACUCACUCAAACAACCCUGUGGUCCAAUGCAUUGACUUAAAAAAUGUGCCUAUAAAAAACCGUGGAUUGCCAUAGCCUGGAAAGGAGAGGUGUUUGGACCAUACUGUUACACAGAGAAGCCUUGUAAACAUGUUGGUAAUGAGUGUCCGUUCUCUUAGUGUCUGUUUAUCUCACCUGUACUUCUUACCUUGUCUAAGAUUUAUGUAGAAAUGGUUGUUGAAAUUACUGUUAACUGUAAAAUCACACAAACCCCUUGCGGGGUCCAUUGUAAAGCAGGCAUCUGUUAGCAGAUACACUGUGUAAUGGGAUAGUUUUAGCCUAUUAACAUGUUAGUCCAAUGUACUUCAUUUGUGUCAAACCAUCCUAUUGCUCAUAUGCCCCAAUUUAAUCUAUUAAUUAUAAUUUGAUAUUUAGAUAAAUAUCAAUUUUACCAUGGUUUUGCACAUUUGAUUUGAGGGAACUGGAAAGUUUUCCCUCUUAGCCUUGCUGAUUUUAAAAUUUUGCUUCUUUUUGAAAUGAGAGACAGCACCAGUUUCCUUUCUGUGUGUGUGCGUCUGUGGGUUUUUUUUAAUGCUCUCAAAAGUUUGUGUGUAUGUGUCUUGGUUUCUAGGUACUGAUUUGCAAAGUCUACAUAUUUCAUACAGCAGCUUCACCAUUCAAAGUAUGCUGUCUAAAUGUGUGCUAAAAUAAAAAACCUCUAGCUUGUCUGAAAUAUUUGCAUUAUUAAUGUUUUGUGUCUUAAUCAUUAAAUCAUUCUUGAUUA